GUUAGCUUACUAGCUAACUACUAGCAAGCUAACUUAGCUGGCACUUGAGCUGUUGUGUUCUUUUCAAUAAUUACGUUUUUUCAGGAUAACGACGGUUAUUUGUUAGCUUUGUUAGUUUUUCGUUAGUUUUGCUACACAGCUUGGAUUCAUAGUGUAGUAACUACACAAGAUAGUUAGCCAAUCGGUUGACUAGAUUAUCAACUAAAGCAAAGACAAGCUUACGGCAGCAAUUUUAGCUUACGUUAGCUAGUUAAAUCUCCAGUGGUGUUUGUAGUACUUGUUCUUCCUCACUCCCUAUAAAGUUAGGCUGUGUCUUGUUCCACUGAUGUAUUUGUAGCCCCCCAUAUCCAUCGUGUGAUCGUCAAGGCAGGGAACCCAUGGCGCAUUCGGUGGAGACGUUCCAGACCCACCUCACCUCUGUCAUGGACAGUUUGAUCCGAGCGUCGGUGUGCGAGAUCACCAAACUGUUCCAGGACACGGUGAACGACUAUCUGGUGGAAAUAUCUCUGAACAGGAAGGAAAUGGAGGCUCUGAAACUCCGACUCCGACUUACGGAGAACCAACUGAGGAAUGAACGCAAGUACGGGAUGGGGUGGGCAGAGAAUCGCCGCAAUGCUGGUUUGAUACUGCCUGAGGACGGUGGGCGGAAAAAGCGGAAAAUUGAAGUGCCCCAAGCAAAGCAGAAGCUGGGCCUUGCCUUUGGAGGCGCGUGGGAGGAAGGAGGAGCACCAGCUGGGGUGGUAGCGGGGGGAGGCUGGAAGGAGGCACGCGAGAAGUACCUCAUCCACUUCCCUGGGGAGGAAGAGGAACAAGGAGAUCUAUUGGAGGAGGAUGAGGAGGAGGGCUGUGUUUCAAGAGAGGGGGAGGAAGCGGCCAACAUCAAAGAGGAGUCCGGCGACAUGAUGGAAGGGGGUUAUCAGCCGGCGUCGCUGCGGCUCAUCAAAGAGGCCCUGAAGAUGGACCCGCCCAACCAGAACCGCCAUACAGGAUCAAGAACCCAUAGCGAAGGAGACAUGGAGCUCAGCCCUGUGGCCCGAGAGGCCCUGAAGCGUCCCCCAGGCAUGAGGCCCGAUGAGGGGGGUGAGGAGUGGGAUGUGGGGACCCCUCCAACGGAAGUGUCAGAGGGCGGGCUGAGUGUGGAGGACCUGAGUGGGUUGGAGACGGCCCUGAGGGCAGAGAGAGGGCGAGAGCAGGCUGCCCUGCGGCUCCCCCUGGCAUCCAACCAUGGUUCCAUGACCCCCGACCCAGAGGUUGUGGCAGGCAGCAAGUUCAGCCUGGGUCAGAAGUACAUCGGUCUGGACGGGUUGGAACAGGAGGGUGAGCUGGGGAGUCCCAGAACCUCAGAGAGGGUGGCCCGUCUGAAUGAAGAGAGGGUGGCCCGUCUGAAUGAAGGUCAGAGGGCACUGCCCGGGCUGGCUGGCGGAGAUCUGCUGCCGCGCUGCCCGAAGAAGCCCAAGGACAGCGAGGGGAGGGGGGAGCAGGGGUGCUCCGACGAGGGCCCGCACCACCUGUCUGCCCCGGGCAGCGUGGACGACAGCGGCGAGGAGGAGACGGGGGACCUGGUGCAUUUCUGCACGCAGUGCGGCGGGGGCUUCGCCAACGAGGCCGAGUUGGAGGACCACCCCUGCCCCCUGGGCGACGCCCACCUGCAGGGAGGCGGGGUGCAGGACACACCAUUCCCCUGCGCCUCGUGCGGCCACGCCUUCAGCCACGCCUGGGCCCUGAAGAACCACGAGUGCGUGUGCGCGGCCGAGCGGCCACACCGCUGCGAGCUCUGCGGCAAGGGCUUCACUCACUCGCGCUCGCUAGAGCGCCACCAGGUGGUCCACACUGGCGAGAGGCCGCACCAGUGCCAGCAGUGCGGGCGGAGCUUCAGUCGCCUGGGCAACCUGGAAAGGCACCUGCGGAUCCACACGGGCGAGCGUCCGUACGGCUGCGACGCCUGCGGGAAGCGCUUCAGCAGGGUGGAGUACCUGAAGAGGCACCAGCUGAUCCACAGCGGGGACCGGGACCGGGCCGGGAGCGCCCCCCAGUGCUCCCAGUGCGGGAAGAGCUUCAGUGAACCGGAGAUGCUCAAAAACCACGAGUGCUUUUUAUAACAUCUGAUAAUUGAGAUUGACCAUGAUUUUUUUUGGGGGGCGGGGGGGGUUAAAAAGGGGAAAUAAAUCUCACCUACAUUAGAGGUUGCUCCCUUACCAUCAAAUCUGAGACCAAGCUACCCCAGCCUAAAGUUGAAAAUUAGAAAUGAAAUGUAAAGCUCUGACUAACUUAAACCAAGUCCCAAAAGGUGGUAAUUCAGACUGAUGUUGUGCUUUAUUUAUGUUUCUCAAAUGUACAUUUUAUCUUUAUAUUAUAAAACAAGUAUUUUCACUUUGAAAACAUCAUUCAUGGCUUUGUUUAUCUUAACUUUAUCGACAAUGAUAAUAACAAUUUGGUAUUUU